CUCAAUACUCCUCCAUUGCGCGAACAUUGUUCACAGAUCAGUGUCAAUGGCGGACGAUCGGGCUGAGAAGGAGAUGGUCAACGCUGAUCACGGAAUCGAUGAGCUGGAGAAGAAGAAUCACGAAUUGAAACGGGAGAAUCUGGAAUUGAAGGAGAAGGCUGAGAGAUUGACCGGAGAAAUCGAGGAGAUGAGAGCCGUGGAGGCGGAGAUGAAGCAGAGCUUCGAAGAGAUGGAGACGGAGAUCGAGCAGUUAGAGGAAGAGAAGAAGGGGUUAGAAUCUAUAUCGGCCCGAGCCGUGGAGCUCGAGGGCGAGGUGGCGAAGAUCCACGAAGAUCUCGUCAACGCGUUGAGAGACGGAGACGAGAGGGAGGUAGCGGCGGCGGAGCUGAAGAAGGAGUUUAUGGAGAAAGUUGAGAGCUUUGAGAGGUUUGAGAAGGAAGCGGAGGGUUUGAGGAAAGCGAGAGGCGAGGGUGAGAAGAAAGGGAGGGACUUGGAGAGGAAAGUUGGGGUUUUGGAAGUGAGGUUGAUGGAGGAGAGGAGCAAGAAGGUUAGAGCAGAGGAGGAGAUGAGGGAGAAGGGUAAUCAGAAAGAGGGGGAGAUCGAGGGGUUGAAGAGGAAAGUCUCCGACUUUGAGAUGGGUUUGGUGAAGGGUGUGCUGGAGAUGGAGAGUUGCGAGUUCGAGAAGAAGCGGGCGGAGGAAGCUUUGAGUGAAUUAAAGAAGAGGGAGAUGGAGUUGGAGGUGAGGAAGGAGGAGUUGUUGAAGAAGGUUGGAGAAGGUGAGAAGACGCUGCUUGUGUUGAACGAGAGGAUCAUGGAGGAGCCUACUACUAAUGGAGUUAGAGACAUAAAGGAUUGUGACCAAGAAUGUUUACAGUUGCAGUGGCCAGUGGUUGCUGCUGGUUCGGUGGGAGCUUUGGGUUUGGUAGCAGCGACAGUGUUUGUUGUAUGCUACUCAAAACGGACUUGAUUCAGUAAUAUUGAGGAGCUGAAGAGUGAAGACCAUAACUUUUUUUGCAGUUCUGCAUUCAUAUAGGUGCCCCAUAACUUUUUGGUCUCUGAGUUUGUGAUGUUUUUGUUUACUUGAUAUUUUUUGUUUGUUUGAGAUGAUUGAUUAAUCUUUGGCUUUUAGGCUAUGAAUGCAUUUGAUAUCGCUUUGUCA